UCCAUAUAUGAGCACACACACACACACAUUCUUACGUCUGGUUUCUGCUCUCGCUACGCCGCUACGUCGGUGAGCCUCUUUUUCGAAAAGAGCUUCUUCUUCUCCUUCUCUCAUAGAGCGUCAAUAUACGGAAAAAAAUUUGUUUGAGUGCUUUUUAUAUGUGAAAAUCUUGGUUAAAAUAUUUGUAAGUUAUUAGUGACAAUGGCCGAUAACAAUAACAGCCGAGAAAGCCAUAAUGCGGCCCACGUGUUACCAACUGACGAGAAUAGAUGUGGUACAUACAAGAAUUAUGUGAAAGACGGUUCAAAAAAUGAGAUUCCAUCCUCCACGUGGUAUCGGUAUAAAAAAAUACAUCGAAACUCGAAACAUCAGUCUUCUGAGCAAACGGUUUCUGUAAAAGAAAGUAACGUUGAAGAGAUGAUGGAUGUUUCAUCUAUAGAUACGAAUUCUUCGUCUAUAGUAUGUAUAGAAAAUGAAAAUAGUGAAGAAAAAAUGGAGCAAGAAGACUUGGUUCUGAGUUCUGGAAAGGUAUCACCGACUUUGCAGGAGCAAAAAGAUAUGGAUUUUACUGAAACAAAUAUAACAGUGCAAGAAAAAGAUGAUAAUUAUGAAGAGAUUAUAAACAGUAGUACAAUUAUAACUGCGGAAGUACUUCAAAAAGUUCAUGGUAUCAUCCAUUCUUUAGAUGAAACUGUUGAAAACUCAGAAGAAGAGAAAAAUUAUGCAGAAAGUGAUAAUGAAGAAGAUAAUUUCUUUUUGGAUGCUCUUGAGGAAAAUGAUUGGUUUUUUUAUUUCGAAGAGGAGAGCAGCAUAGGUCAAUCUUCUUUUCCAUCACAACAGAAAUACUCUACACUGGACGAAAUGAUAGAUGCGCCUGAAUUUAACACUCCAAUAACAGCAACAAUUACAAAAUCGAUUGGUGAAAUUAUUCUUAUAAUUAUUAAGUAUUCUCUCGUCCAUUCGUUAUCAUUUACUGCUACAUUUAAUUUAUUCCGUCUUAUUAAUUCUAUUUUUGAAUUUCCCAUUUUACCAAACACGAAAUACUUUUUAGAUAAACUAUUUUAUUCAAAAAAGUAUAUAACUUUCCAUGCAAAUUGUACUCAAUGUGGCGAAUAUAUAGGUACUUUUGAAACCAAUCGAGCUCAAAUCGUUCGGUGUGCAAAGUGUCAAAUUUCAAUUAAUGUUAAAGAUUAUGAUUACAAAAACUUUUUUAUCGCAAUGGAUCCAUCUUUUCCAAUUUCGCAAUUAUUAGAAACUAAUUCGGACUAUUACAAUUAUGUAGUGAAAGACAGGGUAGGAAAAGAAAACUGUUUUAACGACAUUUACGACGGUAAGCUCUAUCGAAAAUUUGUCAAUUCAUUAAAUGAAGAAGAUAAACAUAACUAUGCUACAGUAUCAUUCAAUACAGACGGAGCUCCUUUGUUUGAGAGCUCAUCUUGUACUAUUUGGCCAAUUUAUCUAAUGUUAAAUGAAUUGCCCUUCAACGUUAGAAGUAUAGAGUUGAUUUUAGUAGGACUUUGGUUUGGCAAAGACAAACCAAAUAUGAGCAGUUUUCUUCUUCCUUUUGUUCAAAGUAUGAAUAAUCUAGCAACCAAAGGAGUUGCAUGUAUUAUUAACAAUGUCGAAUGUAUAAUUAAAAUUUUCGCUUUAGUUUGCUGUGUUGAUGCAGCAGCACGAGCUCCAGUACAAGGUUUUAUAAAAUAUAAUGGCAAAUAUGGUUGUGGUCAGUGCCUUCAUCCAGGAAAAUGGAUUAAAAAAUCAAAAAAUGUACGUCAAGGUUGCAUUAAAUUUCCCUUGUUAAAAGAAGCUGUAAAAGAUAGAAGUCUCUCUACUACCAAAAGGCACACUGAAACGGCUACAGAAAAAAAACCAGUGUUUGGUGUUAAAACGCGUUCCCCUUUAUUAGAUCUAUUGGCUUUCGAUUUAAUUCGUGGUUGCGUUCCAGAUAGUAUGCACCUAGUAUCUGGUAUUGCAAAGCAAUUUUCUAUUAUGUUGUUUGGAACUAAAGAAAAAGUAGGUUUAAUCACACGUAAAUCUAUAAAGGAUAUUGAUUCAUUUUUGACAAACAUUAAAUCUCCUCAUCAAAUCGGAAGAUUGUCGCGUCCAUUCUCUGAAAGGGCAUAUUGGAAAGCGAGAGAGUGGGAAAAUUGGACUCUUUUUUAUAGUUUACCUAUUUUCGAUAAAAUAUUGCCAAAAGAGUAUGUAAAUCACUGGGCCCUAUUCGUCGAAGCCUUAUACAUUUUGUUGCAAGAAGAAAUAACGAUUUUUGAAAUUGAAUUAGCCGAUCAAAUGUUACAUGAAUUUGUAGGUGGAACAGAAAAGUUAUAUUCGAAAUGGGCGAUGACUUUUAAUGUUCAUUCUUUGUUACAUUUAUCAAGGAAGCGUGAAAAACUGGGGACCAUUAUGGGCUCAUAAUGCAUACGCAUUUGAGUCAGAAAAUGGAAAAUUGUUGCGGUCGACUCAUUCAGCAAAUGGAAUACAUCAUCAAAUAUGCCGUAGAGUAAGCUUACAAUAUUCUAUGAUUAUGUUAAAAA